AUGUACAAGCGUGUGGAAGCGUGUGCCAAGAGUGUGUGCGUGCCGAGCCGCCCCGAGCUCCCUUCCACAGACCCCGCGCUGCCCGGGGAGGGUUCGAGCAAGCUCCACAUGGAGGGAUUCCGCAGCCUGAAGGAGGGCGAAGCUGUCGAGUUCACCUUCAAGAAAUCAUCCAAAGGUUUGGAAUCCAUCCGGGUGACCGGCCCCGGGGGCGUUUUCUGCAUCGGCAGCGAGAGGAGGCCCAAAGGGAAGAGCCUCCAGAAGCGCAGAUCGAAAGGAGAUCGGUGCUACAACUGCGGCGGGCUGGACCACCACGCCAAGGAGUGCAAGCUCCCGCCGCAGCCCAAGAAGUGCCACUUCUGCCAGAGCAUCAGCCACAUGGUCGCCAACUGCCCSGCCAAAGCACAGCAGAGCCCCAGCUCGCAGGGAAAGCCCGCCUACUUCCGAGAGGAGGAGGACAUGCACAGCUCAGCCCUCCUCCCCGAAAGCCGGGAAUGAGGGGGUGCGGCGGGGAGAGGGGGCUUCCACCGGGACGAAAAGGCUUU